AUUUUCCAGAACUUGAGCAAAAUGAACAAUUUUGUUAUCAUGGAAAAUGCAGUUAUGGUUUUUGAUUGGCAUACAUCAGUUGUUGUGCAAGUUAUGAAGGGUAAGAAAGUUUGCAUGUAAGACCAAGCCUUGAAAAGAUGUUCUCUUCCUGCCAAAGCAAACAACUGCUGCCAUGUCACCACCCAACCACUCUUCUCUCUUGCCUCUAGACUGCAUUGAAUUGAACGUUGGUUCCACUUUUUUCUCUCUUUGAAACACCCAUGCAUGUAUAUAUAUAUAUGUAUUGCAUAUUGAAGAUUCAGCAGAGUUGGAGAAGAAUGGAGAAUUCAGUGAAUCUCUCUCUUCUUUCUCUUUUUCUUGUUGUUCUCUCUCCUCUCUCUUCUGUGAAUGGUUUUUUAAGGCCUUCUUUGAACCCUAAGUUUCCAACGUUGCAAGCAGAGAAGCUGAUAAGGGAACUCAAUUUAUUCCCCAAAGAUGCAGAGGCGGUCAAUGGCAUGGAUUGGGAGGGUGAGUCCACAAAGAAACUUGUGGAGAGACGUCUGAGGUUCCCUGGUAUUGAUUACUCCGAUGCGUCGGUUAAGGACCUGAGUCAACAUGCCGGCUACUACAAGCUUAGGCACUCUCUCGCUGCUAGGAUGUUCUACCUAUUCUUUGAAUCACGCGACAGCAGGAAGGACCCUGUUGUCAUCUGGUUGACUGGAGGGCCAGGGUGUGGUAGUGAAUUGGCUCUUUUUUAUGAAAAUGGGCCCUUCACUAUUGCCGCAAACAUGUCUCUUAUGUGGAAUGACUGGGGUUGGGACAAGAUAUCAAACCUAUUAUAUGUUGACCAACCCAUUGGGACUGGCUUUAGUUAUAGCUCCGAUCUACGUGACAUUCGCCACAAUGAAGAGGCCAUCAGUAAUGACCUAUUUGACUUCUUGCAGGCCUUCUUUGAGGAGCAUCCUUUGUUUACAAACAAUGAUUUUUACAUAGCUGGAGAAUCGUAUGCUGGGCACUAUAUUCCUGCUUUGGCUGCUCGAAUUCACCGAGGGAACAAAGCUAAAGGAGGAAUUCACAUAAACCUUAAGGGAUUUGCAAUUGGUAAUGGCCUUACUAAUCCUCAAAUCCAGUACAAAGCAUAUACAGAUUAUGCAUUAGAGAUGGGGAUGAUUGAAAAAACUGAUUAUGACCGUAUCAACAAGGUGCUUCCUGUGUGUGAGAUGGCAAUAAAGCUUUGUGGCACUGAUGGGACAAUCUCUUGCAUGGCUUCAUAUUUUGUUUGCAAUUCCAUAUUCAGUAAAAUCAUGGCCCUUUCUGGUGACACGAAUUACUAUGACAUAAGAAAGACGUGCGAGGGGAGCCUCUGCUAUGACUUCUCAAACAUGGAGAAAUUCCUGAACCAGAAACCUGUAAGAGCUGCUCUUGGAGUUGGGGACAUAGAAUUUGUACCAUGUAGCCCUGCUGUGUAUCAGGCUUUGCUAAUGGACUGGAUGAGGAAUCUUGAAGUUGGUAUUCCUGAUCUUCUAGAAGAUGGAAUCAAAUUGCUUGUAUAUGCUGGAGAAUAUGACCUAAUCUGCAAUUGGCUUGGUAACUCAAGAUGGGUGCAUGCCAUGGAAUGGGGUGGUCAACUAGAGUUCCAAGCGGCUCCUGAAGUUCCUUUUGUAAUUGGUGAUUCAAAAGCUGGACUGAUGAAAAUCCACGGCCCUCUUACCUUCCUCAAGGUCCAUGAUGCUGGUCACAUGGUUCCCAUGGAUCAGCCCCGAGUUGCACUGGAGAUGCUCAAGAGGUGGUUUGAAAACAAACUUCCUGAAAACACACCUGCUGAAUCAAAGGAGCCAGAAAAAAGGGUUGCUCAAAUGUGAUUCCCUCUGUUGUAUUGAAGCCUAUAUCUUUUUUUAUAUUACACAGUUGAAUAAUUUGGGCAUGCUGUCCUUGAAUUCUCAGUAUGCUUGUAAAUAAUUUGCCCACAGCCCACAGCUAGGAAUUCUGGAUAAAAUUUUGGUAUUUUGUUGGUUAUGAAACAUUUCUUAGCAGCUCAUGAUGUAACACAAAUUUCUUUUUGGGAAUAAGAAUGCAUGCAGCCUGUGCCCUUGUUAUCUUA